AUGGCUUUUAUGUACUACAAUGUUUGCGUAUAUUUUGUUAUAGGUUGUUUUGCGAAGGCUUUCGAGCGUGUUCCUCGCUCGAUGGCGUCGUCUCUGGUCGGUGAUUUGAGUGCUGCUCCAUCAAUGACCGGCUCUCUGACUGAGGGUGUGACGUCAGCACCACCGAUGCAGCUGAUGCAUGUACUGGAAUGUACAGUUGAUAUCAAGGAGACAGACGCUAAGGGCACUUUCAGCCAUGUGCCUAAAGAGCGUUUGGGUUACAAGUUGCGAGGUGGUAUCGACAAGCAGGUUACGAUCAAUGUGACACAAGUCUCUCACAACAUACAACAAGAAACAGAAGAUCCACAGGGGUCAUAUAACGGUGGUCUGUAUAUCGAGAGGUGUUUCGGAAUCCUCCUCGCUCCAGGACGAAGCGUCAAACAUUCAGACAUGCAGCUACUUGAAAUGGUGAGCGGUUCAUCUGGUGGUUCUGGUUGUUCGGUGUGUGCUCUUUGGAACGCUGGGGAAUCAGCUCUGGCUGCAUUCAACGUGGCUAGCGGAGAUGGAGCCCCGGCCUAUAUGUCGCUGGCUUUGGACCUCGUUAUUAGAGGAAUACGGGAUCCUUUGAGAUUGGUGAUAGAGACUCCUGUUAAAGUGUUUCCACCUACUGAAAGGUUCUGGUACUACUCCAAACGACCGUUGGUGCAACAGUUCUACAUUAACUUGAAAGAGUCCGUAGAUUCCUUGGGUCAGCUGCAAUACGAGGUGUCUAGUGUGGAGACGUCCGGAGAGUUGGAUCGCUCCAGGCUUAACCUGCCUCUGUCGUUGUCCAGUUUAUUGCCGUCUCCGCUGUCCUCCGCCCCAGCACCUCCCUCGCCAUCAGACCCGGAUUCUGAUGGUGAUGAACCACUACUAAGUGGCACCGGAGAAGUGUCGAAGGAUUGUGGGGUCGAUGUGCUUGAGAAUUGGGCUCAGGUACUCAGAAGUUGGGUGGGACCUCGACCUCGUGCGUUGGAGCAGCUCGUGAGAGUUGGUGUACCGGAGGCUUUACGAGGGGAAGUGUGGCUUAGACUGGCAGAGGUUGAUCAAAACGAUAAACUGAUGGAGACUUAUAGAACGUUAAUAAGCAAGGAUUGUCCAUUCGAAGCAGUGAUCCAACGCGACAUAGCCCGUACGUUCCCCGCUCACGAUUUCUUCCGCGAGGCGGGAGGUCUGGGUCAGGAUUCCUUAUUAAGAAUGGCGCGGGCUUACGCUGUGUAUGAUCAUGAGGUCGGCUACUGUCAGGGAUUGAGCUUCCUCGCCGCUACACUACUGUUACACAUGCCAGAGGAGCAAGCAUUCUGUCUGUUAGUUCGUCUCAUGUAUGGAUACGGUCUGAGAGAGUUAUACAAAGAUGGCUUCGAGGCUCUGUACAUGAGGCUGCACCAGUUAGAUAGACUUAUGGAGGAGCAGCUAAGUGAGCUCCGUGCUCACUUCCUAGAGCUGGGUGUUGAGCCGCACAUGUUCGCUUCACAGUGGUUCCUCACUGUGUUUACGGCACGGUUCCCGUUACCACUGGUGUAUCACAUCCUGGACGUGUUCCUUCUUCAAGGAGUGAACACCCUGUUCCAAGUGUCGCUGGCGCUGCUGUCGCGAGCCAAGAAGGAUCUCUUACAACAUGACUUUGAAGGUGUACUCAAAUAUUUCAGGGUCACACUGCCUAAGAAAUGUCGCGCUGAGGAAUCAUCUCGACAGAUCAUAAAACUAGCUUGUAGCAUCAAAGUGAAAAGAUUACAGAAGUACCAACAGGAGUAUGAGAAAUUCAUUAAAGAAUCGGCAGAUAAAGAAACAAUAAACGUGGAAUUAGAAAGAUUGAAGGUCAUCAACAAUCAACUGACACAAGAGAAAGAAAUGCUGGAGACACAACUCAAACAGGCUCGUGGGAAUCUGGAGGAGACACAAAAGGAGUCUGUCCACUACGCGGCCGUGUCUAGAGACUAUAGGGAGAUCUGUGCUAGACUUGACAAACAACUACAUCACAUACAGGAUUGCGUCAAGGGUUGUGUUAACUGCAGCGUAAAGUUAGCACAGAAGGAUAAUAAAGAAGAAGCGGAUCAGUCUGAGAAGGAGGGUAGGGAGACAGCGAGCGAGACUGAGGCGAGACUCAAACAACGGGUCAGAGACUUGGAACUGGAAUUGGCUCAAGUGAAGCUGGCGCAUGUACAGGCGCAGUGCAGCAACCAGGAAUUAAGUCACCAGUUGAACGCGGCUUUGAACGAAAUGCAGGCGGCAAUGAACCAGAAGCAGUCGGUGACGCCCUGGCUCGUACGGACCCUCGGUUCUAUAAUGGAGGCGGCGCAGAACAGACCAUCGUUCCAGACUUAUCUGCCUAAUUUGAACCAAGAGCAGCCUAUACCGAGGCAGGGGUCAUUCAGCGGUCAGGGUCAGAGUCACGUGACCCUUGACCGUCGCGUGUCAGAGCCUUACAGCCCAGACGUGGUCAGGAGGAAGAAGGAUCUCAACUCUAAAAGGCACUCGAUGUUAGUAGAAUCGAAUAUAAGUAAAGAGGCGAAGGAAAUGAACAGACGGAGUCAUGAUGUGACCAUAGUUAAGAAUCUAUCGAUGGGUUGA